UUUCUUCUCAAGGCAGUUUGUCCUGGAUGAAGGAUACAGACUGGAUCUCCAAGCUCAUUAGUGUCUCCAUCUUGGUGCUGUAGAAGAUCUCAGGAUGGACUCAUACGUGAUCCAAGUGAAUGGCCAUGGUGACCAUGCUCCUGUGCUGGAUGUUCAUCUCAGUACCAAUGGGAACAGCUUGUCGCUGGGAAAGGUCAAAGGCCGGAAGCCAAGAUGGGCUGUCAGGGCUUCUGAAAUGUCAAAGAAGACUUUCAAUCCUGUCCGAGCCAUCGUAGACAGCAUGAAAGUGGAGCCCAACCCAAAGAAAGCCAUGAUCUCCUUGUCUCUAGGAGACCCAACGGUCUUUGGAAAUCUUCCCACAAACGAUGAGGUCACCCAGGCUAUGAAGGAGGUUUUGGACUCAGGACGUUACAACGGUUAUGCUCCAUCUGUUGGCUACAAGUCCUGUCGAGAAGCGGUGGCCGCAUACUACAAUUGCCCAGAGGCACCUCUACAGGCCCAGGAUGUCAUCCUAACAAGCGGUUGCAGUCAGGCCAUAGAGCUUGCCUUGGCAGUGCUGGCCAAUCCAGGCCAGAAUAUUCUAGUGCCACGUCCUGGCUUCUCCCUUUACAAGACUUUGGCACUGUCCAUGGGUAUUGAGGUCAAGCUCUACAACCUCUUGCCAGAGAAGUCCUGGGAAAUUGAUCUGAAGCAUUUGGAGUCUCUGGUGGAUGAGAAGACAGCUUGUCUCAUUGUGAACAACCCAUCCAAUCCCUGUGGUUCUGUGUUCAGCAAGAGCCACCUCCAUAAAAUCCUGGCAGUGGCCUCAAGACAGUGCGUGCCCAUCCUUGCUGAUGAGAUCUAUGGAGACAUGGUGUUUGCUGACUGCAAAUAUGAACCUAUUGCAACUUUAAGCACUAAUGUGCCAAUCUUGUCCUGUGGUGGGUUGGCAAAGCGGUGGCUAGUCCCUGGCUGGCGAAUGGGCUGGAUCCUGAUCCAUGACAGGAGAGACAUUUUUGGUAAUGAGAUCAGGGAUGGCCUUCUAAGACUCAGUCAAAGGAUCCUAGGACCUUGUACAAUUGUCCAGGGAGCGUUGGAGCAUAUCUUGGAUCGAACACCCCCUGAGUUCUACCACAACACGCUCAGCAUCCUCAAGUCCAAUGCUGACCUUUGCUAUGCUGCCUUGUCAGCUAUCCCUGGCCUCCAGCCUGUCCAGCCUGCAGGAGCCAUGUACCUCAUGGUUGGGAUUGAGAUGGAGCAUUUCCCUGAGUUUGAAAACGAUGUGGAGUUCACUGAGCGGCUCAUCUCUGAGCAGUCUGUAUUCUGUCUGCCGGCCACGUGCUUUGAGUACCCAAAUUUCUUCCGCGUGGUGAUCACAGUGCCUGAGGAGAUGAUCUUGGAGGCCUGCAGCCGCAUCCAGGAGUUCUGUGAGAUGCACUACCAGGGUGCUGAGGGGGCCCAGGACAUGGAGUGUGACAAGUAACCACUAUGACCUCCAGCUCCACCAGGCCCAGCCUUGUGUGAGGUGGCAGUGGAGAAGGCCGAGCUGCCCCCAAUUGGCCCCAACCUCCCGCUGCCUGCAGAUGGUAGCCAACCUGUGGCUCUACCAUUUGUGCCUCUGCAGCCCCUCUCAGCACCACGGGAAGAAGCAGACGUUCUCUCUCCUCCUACGCUGUCACUCACAGGCCCCUGGCACCCAGUGCUGGUGCUCCCCAUACACUUCACCUUUGCACCUUCCCCACAGGUCUGCCACAGCCCUGAACCAGCUAGGGCAGGCAAGCACGGCUGCCCUGCCACAACCACCCGCAAGGGCGAUGAGCAGCCUCCGGCUCUGGUCCUCAUGGCUGGCAGCACCUGCGCUAGGCUGUGCCACAGGGCAGGAGACAGCAGUCUCCUCCGAGGGCAAGGAACAAACUGCCUGACAUCCUGCUUUUUCUGGGCAUCUUGAGAAGGCAGAGCUCUUUAUACUCUACCCUUUGUGCAGAAAAAGGGAGUAAGUUAUUUUAUCUUUUUUUAUUAAUAAACAUUCUGAUGUGUCAGUA